AACUAGUAUCGUCAGCCCAUCUCUUAAGAAAACCAAACGACAAACACUAUUCACUGAUGAUUAUGUGCUGAUUAUGUCAGCGAUGAGUGGUGGUCCAUUGGCAAUGCACAGUGUGUUCGUCUACGGCAGCCUCAUGGCGGACGACGUCGUUCGUCUGCUCCUAAACCGUGUCCCUCCAACAUCCCCCGGGAUCCUCCCUGAUUUCCAUAGAUUCAGCAUCAAAGGACGUGUUUACCCCGCGAUUCUACCAGCCCAAGCCGAUAAAGUCUCUGGCAAGGUACUGUUUGGGAUCACAGAUGAUGAACUUUACAUUUUAGAUGAGUUUGAAGAUAUCGAGUACGAAAGAGACAACGUUAAUGUUUUUCUGACAGAUAGCUCAGAGAAACUUGAAACAAAGGCAUACAUCUGGGCCAACAAAGAUGAUCCUGAUCUGUACGGUACAUGGGACUUCGAGGAAUGGAAGCAGGUUCACAUGGAAGGUUUCUUGAAGAUGACUACAGAAUUUGCACAAGAGAUGAAGUUCCCAGAAUCAUCUGAGACAUGAAUUGAGUCAGUACAUGAGAUUGGAUAUUGUUUUAUCUCGUGGAAAACGCUAGAAUUGGGUUGAUAUAUUAUUGGAAGGGUUAAGAUUCUUCUUCAUGAAUACACAUACAUAUAAGUAGCACUUGUGUUUAGGAAUAAGACUCUUCUGUAUUGUGUUGUAUAGUCAAUACAGACAUAUGUGUUAAGAGUUUCGAUUGUUUGUUUCUGUUAUGGUCAAUCUAGCUAUGCUUGAAGUUGAGACGAAUGAUUUACAAUUUGUUAAUUUGCAACAAUAGUGGUUAAUGCAUUUGGGAAUA